GAAAAAGUCAAGCUUUGGUGCUGUUUUUUCAAGCCAUUAACGACUAAGACUUUGAAGCAGGAAUGGCCAAGGGCUGAUCAUUUCUUCUUUAAGCCAUUAAGCCGGUAAUGAUUGACACUUAAGCACUAGCUUUGCAACCUCUACUGUGCCUGCUAAAUUACCCAUGGGUUUUUUUCACUACCUUGUCCUCUUCGUUCUUCUUUCUUUACCAGUUCUUUUAGGAGCACAAAAAGCAAACAUUAGUUUAGGAUCAUACCUUACUGCUUCUGAUGACGCUUCCUGGAGAUCACCUUCUGGGGAUUUCGCCUUUGGAUUUAGCCGAAUCAACAAUCAAGAUCUCUUCUUGCUAGCCAUCUGGUAUGAAAAAAUACCAGGCAGGACAUUAGUUUGGUAUGCAAAUGGAGACAAUCUAGCACCAAAAGGAUCAAAGCUUCAGCUUAAUAAUAAUGGCAACUUCACACUCACAGGUCCGCAAGGUCAAGAAAUCUGGAAUCCCAAGUCUAGCACUGAUGGAGUUGCAUACGCUGCCAUGCUAGAUGAUGGUAAUUUUGUUCUUGCAGGAAGAGAUUCUAAUUAUUUAUGGGAGAGUUUCAAGAACCCCACAGACACAAUCUUGCCAACUCAAGUACUGGAACUUGGAGGGAAGCUAUCUUCUCGGCAAACAGAAACAAACUACUCGAAGGGAAGGUUCCAGUUGUUCAUGAAAACGGAUGGCAAUCUGGUGCUCCGUCCUAUUGGCUUGCCCACUGAUUUUCCUUAUCCAGCUUAUUACGAGAGCAAUACUGAUAGUGCUGAUGAAAUGAAUUCUGGCUACCGAAUGGUCUUUAAUGAGUCAGGUGAUCUCAAUGUUUUCCUCAGGAAUGGAAGUGUUGUCAACCUCACAAAGAACAGAACAAAAUCCAUGGGAGAUUACUAUUACAGGGCAACGCUUGAUGCUGAUGGAAUUUUCGCACUACAUGCUCAUCCAAGAACUCAAACAAAUGGAAGCUUGGGGAAGACCUGGUUUGCCAUCUGGUCAGUCCCAGAUGACAUUUGCUCCGAUAUGGACGCUGGUACCCCUACUGAUUUGGGUGGUGGCCCUUGUGGAUACAAUAGCUACUGCAGACUUGAUGAAAAACGAAGGCCACUUUGUGAAUGCCUUCCAGGGUUUUCCCUCUCCGAUCCAAACAAUAAAUUGAAUGGCUGCAAGCAAAACAGAAUUCCAAAUUGUCAUCAAGACAAUGCAAAGCCUGAGGAUUUGUAUGAAAUGCAGGAGCUACCAAAUACAUUUUGGCCAGUUUCUGCAAACUUUGAACAAUUACCGGGGGUAGAUGAGGAUGAUUGCAAGAGAUUGUGCCUUCAUGAUUGCAACUGCAUGGUUACUACCAUCAGGGAGGGGACCUGUUGGAGGAAAAAGCUCCCACUUUCAAAAGGAAGGAUGGAUUAUAACGUCUAUGGGAAGGCUAUGAUCAAGGUAAGCAAAUCUGAUGCUCCUUCUGAUGAACCCUCUGCUGGGAAUUCAGAAAUAGAGAAGAAAGAUAGAGCAACUUUGAUUCUGGUGGGAGCAGUGUUCUUGGGUAGCUCAGUAUUCCUUAAUUUCCUAUUUGUAGCAGCAAUAUCUCUGUUUGUUUUCUACUCAUACAAAACCAAACUGAAACCAACACACACAUCCAAUAUUUUAGAACCAAAUCAACGCACUUUUACAUAUAGAGACCUAGAAGAAGCCACAGAUGGAUUCAAAGAAGAGAUCGGAAGAGGUGCUUUUGGCACUGUAUAUAAAGGAGUGUUAUUAUCAUCAAAUUCAAGAACCUAUGUUGCAGUCAAGAAGCUAGACAGGAUGGUGCAAGAAGGCGAGAAGGAGUUCAAAACAGAAGUAAGCGCAAUAGCCAAAACCCAUCACAAGAAUUUGGUCAGAUUGAUUGGAUUUUGCGAUGAAGGCUCCAACAAGCUUUUGGUGUAUGAAUUCAUGAGCAAUGGCACCUUGGCUAGCUUACUUUUUGGAAUGUCAAGAUCUGACUGGAACAAACGAUUGCAAAUGGCGUUUGGGAUUGCAAGGGGACUCACAUACUUGCAUGAGGAAUGCAGCACACAGAUAAUCCAUUGCGACAUUAAACCCCAAAACAUUCUCCUGGAUGAUUCAUUUACUGCAAGGAUCUCGGACUUUGGAUUGGCUAAGCUUCUGAUGAGUGAUCAAACUCGUACACAUACAGGCAUUAGAGGGACCAGAGGAUAUGUUGCACCAGAAUGGUUCAGGAACAUGCCAAUUACAGCAAAAGUAGAUGUUUAUAGUUAUGGAGUGAUGUUAUUAGAGAUCAUUUGUUGCAGAAGGGGCCUUGAAAUGGAAAACGAGAAUGAAGAGGAGGUCAUACUAGCUGACUGGGCAUAUGACUGCUACAAAGAAAAAAUAUUAGAUAAACUAGUGGAGGAUGAUGAGGAGGCAAGAAAUGACAUAAAAAGGGUAGAAAAGCUAGUGAUGGUGGCAAUAUGGUGCAUCCAAGAGGAUCCAUCUCUAAGACCCUCCAUGAGGACUGUGACACAGAUGCUUGAAGGAGUUGUUCAAGUUUCUGAGCCACCAUGUCCUUCCCCAUUUAAUUAGUUCAAUCUGCUGAAACUAUAUCCUUGUCAUAUGUCUAGUUGUAUUACUCUCUCUCUCUCUCUCUCUCUCUCUCUCUCUCUCUCUCUCCCGUGUGUGUGUGUAUAUAUGUGUGUGUGUGUGGCUGCCCGUGUGUAUUUGGAUAUAGAUUAGUUUAUUUUAAAUGUAAAUAUUUAGAUAUUCUUGUUUAUUAUUACAGCAGCAUAUGAUACAGCAAUAAGCAACUUCAUUAUUUAUUGU